CCUACCACAGCCACAUAACAGCACAGCAAAGAGGGCCACAGCAAAGGGGAAGAUAGACUGCGCUCGACGUCCAAGUUGGCCAGCAACAUCUCAAGCUCGCAUCACUUGAGGUCUCCCUCUGCCUCUCUGCGCCGCCAACAUGGCGAGCCUACUCCUCCGCCUCUUUCACAGCGACUACUUCUCUCCUCACCUGGCCCUCUCCUACCUUCGAACCUAUGCAGACAACAUAGGUAUCACCUACUACCUAGUCUACCGACUGCGCACUUCUUUCUCACCGGAAGAGGUAGAGUUCUACUGGCCGCAGCUCUGCCACCUCCUCAUCACAAAGCCAAGCGAGUCAAGAGCAUUAGAAUGCUUUGUGCUGGAGAGAUGCGAAGAAUCGGUGCAUGUGGCUUUGCUCACUUUGUGGUACUUGCAAGCCACACUCUUCGACUUGGGCAGUCAGCCGAAUACUGCAUCAUUCGAGGUUUGCAAACGGGUGUACAAUGAGUGCCAGAGGAUAUUGUACGACGAUCCGCUGUCGGACGCCAAUGUCUCAUUGGUCCCAGCGCAGGCUUCCUCGUCCUCUUCUUCGACAUCAACAGCAUCAAACUCCCGCUUCAGACGGCUCAUAUCCUCUUCAGCACGAGCUCGCGAGAAGGUGUCACCUCGCAACACCCGCAGCACUUACGUGGGGAUUGGGACGGUCCUGGCUAGUGUGCCGGCGAUGCCCUCUUUGGCGGGCUUCAGUGGGCAGAUUGCGGUGGAACAGGGAAGGGCCAAGCCAAAUGCGGUCAAUGCCAAGAAGGGAGAAGGACUGGCAAAGGGAAUCGAGAGGAUUGGAAAAGGAGAGGGGUCGGAUGACGAGGGUGAACUGCCUGGACGCAGAGCCGGGGAUGAGUCCGAGGAUGAUGACGACGAAGACGAGGAGAGCGAGGCAGAAGCGACCCAGCAGACUACUCGUCAACCUGUUACGCCCAAGUCUGCUCCUCUAGCUCAACGACAGAAUACUGCUCCGAGCGGCUCUAUCUUGGCCAAGGGCAGCGGCAGUAGCGGUCCGUCAGCCACCAGUCCAGACAAUCCUUUCGCCAACUUCUCCGCCGGCUUCAGCAAAGCCACGGCGAGCGUAGGCGAAGCCUUUGGCCAGACGUUUGGCGUCACCUUCAACACCCAGCCUCAAGGAGACGCAGGCAAGGAUUCCAAAGCUCGUCCAGCGUGGCACCCUCAAAGCCCUGGCAAGGGCAGCAGGAGAGCUCGCAGCAACGAGGUCACCAAGUCCACGCCCAACCUAGCCAACGGCAGUCGCACGAGCUUGUCAGCUUUCGCUUCUACCGCUACGCUCCCUGAUAGCAACCAUCCAGCAUCAAUGGACGCCGUCCUAGCGCAAUACGACACAGAGGCCCGACGAAGACUGCUUCGAUCGAACUACUGUCGCACGCAAACUCAGUUCCUUCUCACUCUCCAGGAUAUCUCGGCACGUCUACUGCUUCUACCCAAGCCGGCCCGACUCUCUGCACUCCGCGCCGAGCUGACAGCUCUAAACCACAAGCUCCCGUCAGAUGUCUGCUUCCCGCUGUGGUGUGCCGCUAUCUCUGAGACAGGGACUGCCGGGGAGGACAGUCAGAAUGCGAUUGAGAAUGCGCACAACGUCCCUGGCGCCUCCGCGACCUCCUCGUCAUUGCCCUCGACGAGUGUUGGCCGUGGGCAGCAACAGCAACCCAAACCCAAGCGUCGCCCCGGCGAAUUGAGGCACCAUCGUGUCGUCCGCAUCAAUCCUUCAGAAGCAGUCGUCCUCAAUUCGGCAGAUCGGGCCCCCUACCUCCUUCACGUCGAAGUUCUGACAGAUGAGUUGGACUUCGAUCCUGAACGACGCUCCAACCGCGAAUCCCUCAAGAAGUUGGUCGUGGCGGAGGAUCUAAGAAGGAGGAAGUUUGCGCUCAGUCGUGCGUUCGGGACUGAGGGUAGCGAGUCCGGUAGUAGGGAGGCAUUAGGCGCUGCUGGUUUGCUGAGACGGGAUAGUGGACCAGGAGCUGUCGGGAUGCUGAGGAGAGACAGCGUCAAGAGUGGUGGCGGUAGUGCGAUCGACUCCCCGCGCAUCGACUCGUCCGCCUCGACGCCUGGCGCUGCUGCGGUUGAGAGCGGUACUGAGCCUCGCAGCCGCCUUGCAGAGCGGACGGUCAGUUCAAGCUCCGUCUCUUUUGGUCAGUCUGCUGCUGCUAGUACACCUGAACCUGCGCUCAGGCCCGGCGCUGCGGCUGGAUCCGACAGUCGUCCCUCGUCUCCCAUGCCCGAUGAGAGUGGCGAGGAGAUCGACCUGACAGAGCAAGCUUUCGGUGCAGACCUGUCUGCCUUCGGGGAGGAGCGUCAGGAAGCCAGCGACGAGGAGGACGACCUCACGGCUAUCAAUCGACACCACGAUGCCGCGGCCUGGACGCAGGCGCGUGGCCGGGCUGGCUCCAUUCCCACGAGCUCAGGAGGUGCCGGAGGCGUCGUCUCCCCGCAGUCAUCAGGUCAUGGACGACAAGGCUCCAUCUCUGGCACCUCAGGGCGCCGACGAGACCUUUCCUCGCUGGACGACUACUCAGAUCGGAUGCGAACUGCAGCGAUCAUGCUUGCCCAGCUCAACCAGUCGACAAAUGCAGCUUCGCAGCCUGCUGUCACCCACAAUCCGCACAUCAGCGCGACCGCGCAAGGUGGCUGGAGCAGCUGGAUCAUUGGAACGAGCUGGGCUGCUGGCGGAUCGAGCGCGUCUUCGACUGCGGCUAAUGGGGCCGGUCCGAAGAGCGAGAUUGGUCAAGGGAGUGCGGGCGUCAAAGCGCCCAUCAGUGUCGCUGCCGCACCUCCUACCAGCGGGGCAAUUGCAGCCGACCCGACCAAGACCGCAGCCAAGUCGAGCAGUGGGCCCAAUGGCGCCCCUGCCGCGCCUGUCGUCGCAGGAGGCGGUUCACGUCUCAUUCACGCGGACACCGAGAUGAUCCGAAAGCGCAUUAUGCAAGAAAUGAUGGCCCUCGAAGAGGAGCGAAUGGAACGCAUGAAGUCAUCAGGCUCGCGGAAGAUCGGCUCUUCCGCAGCAUCACGACGUCCCGCCCCUACCUCGGUGGAGGACGAGGCCACGGUGCUCCGUGCAGUGAACAAGGACGAUCCAUCGGCAGCCAUGUUCCGUGAGACGUGGGCGGCCAAGAAGGCGAGGAUCAGAGCGGCGAGUCCGUACGGACAUUUGCCGUCGUGGGACGUGUUCAGUGUCAUCGUAAAGACGGGCGCGGAUUUGAGGCAGGAGCAGUUGGCUGUUCAGCUUAUCAAUGAAUUUGGGCGCAUUUGGGAGGAGAAGGGAUCAAGAUUAUGGGUGCGCUACUUCCGCAUUCUCGUUACCUCUGAGUCAUCCGGCUUGAUGGAGACGAUCACCGACGCGGUGAGCGUGCAUUCGAUCAAGAAAGAAGCCUACGCUAGGGCGCAGAAGGAUGGAGCUGGUGGGCCAGAGGGAGGCAAGAUUGCUACAUACAGUAUCUAUGAUCAUUUCGUUGAUACGUACGGCGACCCCUCAUCCGCCCGCUUCAAUCGCGCGCGUGACCGCUUCAUGGAGUCUCUCGCGGCCUACUCGAUCAUCAGCUACCUGCUCAGCAUCAAGGACAGGCACAAUGGAAACAUCCUUCUCUCCAGCGAUGGUCGAAUCAUUCACAUCGACUUUGGCUUCAUGCUGGGUAUCUCGCCCGGAGGAGUAGGAUUCGAAGCCUGCCCAUUCAAGCUGACCCAGGAGUACAUUGAUGUCUUGGGCGGAAUAGGGUCACCGAAGUACGAGGAGUUCAAGAAGUUGAUGCGGCAGGGCUUCAAAGAUGUGCGCAAAGAGGCGGAGAGGAUCAUCAUGAUCGUUGAGUUGAUGGCCAAGGACUCCAAGCUGCCCUGCUUCGCCCUUGGAGACUUGACCGCUUCCAAUCUGCGGGACCGCUUCGCCUUGGCUCUGUCGGCGCAGCAGGUCGACGACUUUGUGGACAGGCUGAUCUUGGCUAGUUGCGCAAGCUCGUACACAAGAUUGUACGACACUUUCCAGUACUACUCGCAGGGAAUCCUCUGAUGACAAAUUCGGUUGUUGAUAUUGCUCUGUACACCGUGAUCCUGUAUCAAUACCCGUGACAUCAACGUCCUCCUUUGCCAAAGGCAUGUUCCGCUCGAGAUAGGAGGAUGUACGCGUACACGAAGCUAUUCAAGAUGUGGUGAGGACAGGUAAACGCUUGCCCAUUAAAUGGUCAUUGUGCGCUCGGCCACCAGGGCUCGAGUCUUCUUCUCUACAUCAUCAAAUUCCUCGUCGCCCCUGCUCAGCAGGACGUCUUGGGCUUGAAGUCAAACUUUGCCUUCCAGUUGGUGUCCAGCACUCCCCACCCAGACAACGUAUCAGCGUACAUGUGCGAGAACCACGCGAUCCCACCUUUCGGUCCAUUCUUUGCCAUCCACGAGCAAGCCAAGUUGUCGAGCAUAUCAAAGUAGGCCUUCUCCUGCUGCAGCGACGCAAC